AUGCAUGAGUUGGACACUCCUCACCAAACAGAGUUUGAGAUCUACUCCCGGGCCCAUUGGGGCGAAAACUUUCCCGGCGCCUCGUCUUGGAUUGUGUUGCAGUGGUUUUGGUCCAAUAAAAGCACUUUUUUGCGUCAGGGCAUAUCUCGGGGCAGUUUCUCAGCCGACGAUUACAAUCCGUUUGUCGAGUCAAUGGGCGUUCAGUACAAUCAAGUGAUGUUUAAUAUGACCAACGGAAAGAUGGACUUCUUUGCGGACUACCCCGAGUCAAAACAGGCCCAACAAAUGGUUUUAGCGAUGUUUGGGCAUCACAUCGAUGAUGAAGACGUUUUAAAGUCUUUUAAAGUGAAACGUCUGGAGAGAGCGAGCUCUUCAUUCGUGGGAAAAGUGCGGACAUUUUACUUCAUAAUCAAUGCCCUCCUGUUUGGUCCCAAAAAUCUACUGAAAACUAAGAGUCUUUUUAUGGAAGAAAAGAAAUACGAUUUGGUCAACAUUUUGAGACAAUUCUCGAACUCAAAGGCUAUUUAUAAGGAAAUUCUCGACAACUAUCACAUUAUAUCCAACACUGCAUUUGAAAACCACGGCCCCGUCUCUAUGGGCUCGUCCCUAAAAAAUGCUAUUCUUAAGGCUACUCUUCAGGGGGCUAUGAAGGAUAAUCCAGAACUGGACGCAGACCUCAAUGAAAUGAUCUCUUCGUGUAAUGAUGUGAUUAGCGCUGAAGUGCCCAACAGUUUGAGAGAUAUCGCGAAGUCUAUCAAAGAUAAGCAAACAUUCAGACAAUUGUCAGACGAGGAGGCGCUGCAAGUGUUAUAUAAGGGAACCGAUGAGUCGUCUCUUAAAUUCAAACAAUUUCUCGAAAGACACGGUCACAGAGGGUAUCGUGAAUUGGAUCCCAUGUAUAAACCAUGGAAAGGAAACCCCAUUCCUUGCAUUAAAACAAUUAAAACUAUGCUAUCAGGAAGUGAGAAACAAUUGGAGGCAAAAGUUGGUAAAUCUGUGGACCGAUUGAUUGAAGAACUCAAGACUCCAUUGACACCAAUAAAGAGAUUACUUCUUAAAAAACUAAUCCUUCCGUAUACUCAACGCGGUAUCGGAUACAGAGAAAUAUCCAAAUAUUUCAUGAUUUGGUUGAAUAACAAACUGAGAGAAGGCUUCUGGUAUUUGGCCGAACAGAUGGUUAGGGAAGGACUCAUACCUUCCGCCGAAUCAUUCUUCUACUUAACCGUCACUGAAGUGGAAGCGCUCUGUAAUGGAGACAGAGAUCCCUUAAUUCUUGCGAGAGGAAUGUUAAGCGGAAAUGAAUCACAAUUAGAACCAAAGGUUGAAAAAUCUGUGGAUCAAGUGGUCAGUGAACUCAAGACUCCACUCUCCUAUUGGAGGAGAUUAUUGAUUCAUAAACUACUGCUUCCGUGGUGUAGACGUGGGGUGGGGUAUAGGGAACUCUCCAAAUACUUCUUGAUUUGGAUGAAUAAUCAGUACCGACAAGGCUUUAGAUUAUUAUCGAAACAAAUGGUUAACGAAGGACUCAUCCCUUCCGCCGAAUCAUUCUUCUACUUAACCGUCACUGAAGUGGAAGCGCUCUGUAAUGGAGACAGAGAUCCAUUAAUUCUUGCGAGAGUUAGACACCGGAAAAGGCUUUACCCAAAAAUGGAUAAAUACAAGUUUCAAGAGUUUAUUAAAGGACCAGAAAUGAAGCCGAGAAAUUUUGAAGAUCGCAUUAUUCCUCCAAAUCUGGGCACAGGUAUGGUUCAGAUGAAGGGAACUCCUGUUAGUAAUGGAUCCAUAAAAGCAAGAGUUUGUGUCUCUGAGGAUAUCACAGAAGCUGACAAUAUUCAGCCGGGAGAUAUACUGAUCACAUACUCGACAGACAUCGGUUGGAGUCCAUACUUCCCUCUACUGUCGGGUAUUAUCACAGAAAUCGGUGGAACCAUAUCUCACGGGGCAGUCAUUGCCAGAGAAUACGGAAUCCCGUGUCUGAUAGCAGUGGAGGGCGCGUGUCGUGCCUUCAAAACCGGAGAUAUUUGUGUUUUGGAUACUCAGAGCUCAACCAUCACUAAAAUCCAGUAA